GUUGACGUUACGCAGACUACGCAACGUGCCCCUGUGGUUUUGACUGAGCGACCCCGAGUGCGAAGCUGCCAACGCCCGGCAUAGAGGCUGCUCGACUAAGAGGAAACGAUCGUGAAUGAGCCCUGUGGACCCUGACAGAACGCAGCUAUGCAGACCAUUAAGUGUGUGGUAGUGGGUGAUGGCGCCGUGGGUAAAACCUGUCUGCUCAUCUCCUACACCACCAACAAAUUCCCCUCCGAGUAUGUUCCCACGGUGUUUGAUAACUAUGCAGUAACGGUCAUGAUUGGCGGGGAGCCCUACACCCUGGGAUUAUUUGACACUGCGGGUCAGGAAGACUACGACAGGUUGCGACCCCUGAGCUACCCCCAGACCGACGUCUUCUUAGUCUGUUUCUCUGUCGUGUCGCCUUCUUCUUUUGAAAACGUUAAAGAGAAGUGGGUUCCUGAGAUCACUCACCACUGUCCGAAGACCCCGUUCCUGCUGGUGGGGACGCAGAUCGACCUGCGGGACGACCCGUCCACCAUCGAGAAGCUGGCCAAGAACAAGCAGAAGCCCAUCACCCCGGAGACGGCCGAGAAGCUGGCCCGGGACCUGAAGGCCGUCAAGUACGUGGAGUGCUCCGCCCUGACGCAGAGAGGGCUGAAGAAUGUGUUUGAUGAAGCUAUCCUAGCAGCGCUCGAACCUCCAGAAACUCAGCGGAAACGGAAGUGCUGUAUAUUCUAGUCGUCUUUUUUUACACCUCCCCCAUAAAAACUGCUGCUUCCCUCUCUCCACCCCCCCCUCCGUCCUUAACCAUGCCCCCCCUCUCUCUCUCUCUCUCUCUCUCUCUCUCUCUCUCUCUCUCUCUCUCUCUCUCUCUCUCUCCCCCUCCGCCCUUAGUCAUGCCCCCCCUCUCUCUCUCUCCGCCCUUAGUCAUGCCCCCUCCUCUCACCUCUGUUUGACGCCAUCUUGCUUUCUGUAUCCAUAAUCCGUCAGUUAUUUAUUCUGUUUUGUUGAUAUUUUAGUUUCUUUGGUUUAACGUUGGCGAGUGCGUGCUCUCGCCUCUCUGCCUUGCCCGCGUGAGGAUGCCCGAUGCUACUUCCUGUUCGGAAGAGCUACUUCCUCCUGCGCUCGCGUUCGCCUCGAAGGCGUACGUCAGGCUGCUCGAUUCACGUUGUUUAUUUUUUGGUCUCCCAACGUUUUUUUUUUUUUUUUUUUUUUUUGAGGGGCAAAAAAUAACCUCCUUUUUUUUUUUCCUGCAACUUGAUGCAUUGUGAAUCCUUAAUUUAUUUAUAUUUUUUUCGUUUUUUUUAUUUUUUAAGGAAAGAUAUUUCCAUUACGUCAGUGUACAUUUUUUUUGUACUAGAAAUGUAUCAUAAAAUGUUAACUCUAAAUGUGAUAAUCUUUGGCUUACGUUUGCAAACUGGAUGUCGUUGGUAUGAGAAAUGCCGUGUUUGUGGAGGAGGAAAACCAGUGCAAACCCUGUGUCCCAUGACUUCAAAUAAAGGGGAACUGAAACUCAAA